GUGACGUCACUUCCGGGUGGCUCCGUCUCCUCGCUUUUGUCCCCCUGAGGUUGCAGCAGCUUCACUCCUGCUUUUCUCUCACUCUUAUUUACACACAUCAUCUUCUUCACCUUCUCCACCAGAGAAACCGUGUCCCUGACAGCUCGGAUCUUCUGAACGCAGUGUCGGAGCUUCUCCUCCCCAUUGUGUCAGUGGUGAGAGUGAGCCCUGGAUGAGAAAAGAAUGUCCCGGGGUUAAAGAUGGGCGUCAGCGGCUCGAAAACUAAAAGUUACUGGCCCUUUUCUGGAUCCGGAGGCAGCGAUGAAGCAGCCAAAGAAAGUGGAGAGCACACGCUGGCCAGAGUGCGCAGUUUCCCUGGAGGUACACCCUUCGUGUUUACCAGGAGGAGCUCUAUGUAUUUUGAUGAGGAUGGAGAUCUUGCUCAUGAGUUCUAUGAGGAGACGGUGGUGAUGAAGAAUGGACGCAAGAGAGCAAAGCUGAAGAGGAUCCACAAGAACCUCAUACCUCAGGGCAUUAUAAAGCUGGAUCACCCCUGCCUCCAUGUAGAUUUUCCUGUUGUUAUUUGUGAAGUUUGAUGAAGGAUGAAUUUAGAACUCACACACACACACACACACACACAGAAACCAAAGGUUCCAUCCUCCCAAGAUUGUGUUUGUGUGUCUGAUGUCAAAAGAAGACAAAUCUCUGCUGUGUCUGCCUAUACCUGGUGUGUGUGUGUGUGUGUGUUGUGUGUGUUCUAGGACUCGCACUUGUUACGUUUAGCUAGAACCCCUGACACUUAUGGUUCUAGAGUAAAUAUAAAUGUCCCUAAAACACGACACUAUGUGUGAGGCUGUAGAACCCAACUGCCCUCUGUUUCUCUCUCUCUCUCUCUCUCUUUCUCUGUCUCUCUCUCCAUCUUUCCAUCACGCAUGUCAUCCGUACAAUCCUGACAGCCAAUCAGGUGAAGUCCGCUCACCAUGUGCUCUGCUCCGAGCUGCUGGUUUCCUUUCUUUAUGUCUCUCUGCGAUUUAAUUGGGUAGCUGUACAGAACACUCACUGUGACCACGCCCAUUCUGUCUUCACUUCUGUAGCGAGGAUUAUUACAUUGUUAAUUUAUUACAAUCAGUUCUUUUCAGAUUUCUUGAUUUGAUUGGUUGAUUGUUGUUUUUUUUUAAAGAAAUAACACCUUUAAACGCA